GCAAGAUUACCGAAGUAACAACUCGUUGUCCUAGUCAAGUGUCUAGCCAAUAAUUAUAUGCUAUAAUUAAUUGUAUCAUAUGAUGUAGUUAUUUAUAUUAAUUUCGACGAUAUAAAUAACUGUCUUAUUUUUUCUCUAAUCGUUUGCCAUUUGUAGUAAAUCCAUAUACGUUAAAAACAAUUAUGUAAUUAAUUACAAGGAUGAUGAGCGCCGGACGUUUUGAUGCGCAAAUUCCCGUGAAUUCUCACAUCAUUUGCGAAUAGAUAGAAGAUAUUCGAUAAGUAUUGACGUUGCUUACGAAAUUCUCGGCGUCUAUCGUAGGAGGAAGUAAGUGCGAAAGCGGAAAGUGUUCCUAAUUUCCUGUGGAAAGUGGCAUUUACAUGCUAAGACUGAAAAGAGCGUCUUGCUUCGCUUGCGGAACGAGUCAUUGGAACGGAGCUACUAUAUCAGGCAUGCUAUGAUGAGAAAGAAGAAAAGUAUUGACGUGGAGAGAAACGGAUGGUCACCAUUUCGACCGUUAUGGAUGCCUCCGAGGAGGAUGAACUAUACCAGCGAUCACUUGUACGCUUCUCCCGAUUAUAAUUCCGGCGAUGAUUCUAGUACGAUCGGGGAUGAUUCUAGUCCGAUGUAUCAACGUGAUGUCCGGAGUCGCAGAAGGCUUCAGCAAUACGAUUUGCCGCGUAGAAAUCAUAUGAAGAGCACGUUACCAUGGUUGUUGUCGAUUUCGCUAUUAAGUGUCCCAAAAUUUGCGGUUCACAUGGGCCCCAGUAUCUUAUCCAGGGAGCUUCAAGCACCUGCCUUGCCGUUAACUCCAUCCAUUUCAACUUUAUCGAAAUUCUCUUCGCAUCCCAUCAAUCAUAGAGGUUCCACGUCAAUUUAUGAUGAACAUGCUGCGAAAUGUGAUUCUUAUGGAAAUUCGGCGGGAAGAGAAACCGCGAGCAAAGGUGAUCUUUACGGAUCGACACCGCAAUUGACGCGGCAUCACGUCUCUACGUCGAAUCUAGGCAGAAGCGAUCUUUCGAGACAUCCUGGAAGUGCCAUCGAUAUAUUUCGCACGGAUCCACACUCGGUCAAUCAAUUGGAUUUUCAUGAUUUCGGCGACGGUUUCGAGCCGGGAUACAUUUCGGAUGAUUACGUCGGCCCAGCUAUGGAACUAAUGUACGCCUGGACCAUGAUUGACAUUGAAUUCGACAGUAUCGAGGCAAGAGAUCUCGCUAUCUUCGAGGGCGACUACAUCGCGGAAAAUAAUUUACCCCUCGGCCUGGAUGUUUGGCGUGAUAAAGUCUUUAUUACUCUGCCAAAGUGGAAGACUGGCAUACCAGUGACUCUGGCUACUGUGCCGAGACAUUCAAAAAAGAGGAAUCCCAAACUGAAACCAUACCCUAGCUGGCAGUGGCAUCGAUCAGAAAACUGCGAGGGCUUAACAUCGGUCUUUCGAGUCCAAGUGGAUGAAUGCGAUCGAUUGUGGGUCCUCGACUCCGGCAAAACGGAGCUCGCCAUAAGGUCCAAGCAAUUGUGCCCGCCUGCCAUAUUCAUCUUCGAUCUGCGCACCGAUAAUCUCAUCAGAAAGUACACUCUACCGGACGAGCAGAUCAAGCAGGACUCCCUGUAUAUCAACAUCGCGGUAGACAUCAGGAACCACGACUGCAGCUCCGCAGUGGCUUACCUGAGCGAUGUAUGGCGAUACGGCAUCGUGGUGUACGACUUCUUCAAGGACACUACUUUCCGAGUCGAGCAUCCCUUCUUCUAUCCCGAUCCCCUGGCGUCCAGGUACGAGCUGCAUGGCAUAAAGUUCCUGUGGACCGACGGGAUAUUCGGGAUCGCGCUCAGUCCCGUGGACAUUCGCGACGACAGGACGUUGUUCUUCCACCCGAUGUCCAGUUUCCGGGAGUUCGCCGUGUCCACGUCGAUCUUCAGGGACAAGAGGACCGCGGAUCGAAACGCGGAGGAGUUCGUGCCUGUUGGUCGACCUAGAGCCAAGGACUACGGUCACUCCUCGGGAUCCGCGAUCGAUCGGAAUGGGGUCAUGUUCUUCAAUAUGGUAACGAGAGACUCGGUGUGGUGCUGGGACACCAGAAAGGAGUACAUACCGCAGAACUUGGGCGUGAUUGGUACCAGCAACGUGUCCCUGAUAUUCCCGAACGACAUCAAAGUGGAUCACGAGCCGGAACAAAGUGUGUGGCUGAUCUCGAAUCGCUUGCCCAUGUAUCUGUACGGUACUUUGAACAGCGGAAAUAUUAAUUACAGAAUAUUUAAAGCGAGCGUCAAGGAGGCUAUCAGGGAUACCGUCUGCGAUCCUAAUUACGUAGUCCCUGAUUCGGAUCCAGGCCUCGAUGAUAAUUGCUAA